GGCAACGGCGGAGCAUCAUCAUCAUCAUCACUGCCUGAUGACGGCGGGCCGCGCUGGGAAGCUUCUCACCGGACUUUAACCCGAGCUGGGCGCGUUUCUCCGCACAGAAGUGCGUAACAGCGGAGAGCAAGAUGGGACACGGAGACCUGAUGAGCCAGGCGGAGGAUGUAGCCGACCAGUUCCUCCGGGUCACCAAACACUACCUGCCCCACGUGGCCCGGCUCUGCCUGGUCAGCACCUUCCUGGAGGACGGGGUCAGGAUGUGGUUUCAGUGGGCGGAGCAGAGUGAGUACAUCGACUCUACCUGGAGCUGUGGACGCUUCCUCGCCAACGUCUUCGUCCUGCUCAACCUGGUGGGACAGCUGGGUGGCUGUGUGUUGAUCCUCAGCAGAAACUUUGUUCAGAACGCCUGCUUCGCUCUGUUCGGGAUCAUCGCCCUGCAGACGGUGGCCUACAGCAUCCUGUGGGACCUCAAGUUCUUAAUGAGGAACCUGGCGUUGGGGGGGGGUCUCCUCCUCCUCCUGGCUGAGUGCAGGGGGGAGGCUCGCAGUGUGUUUGCUGGCGUCCCCUCCCUCAGUCAUCAGAGUUCUCCGAAGCACCUGCUGCAGCUGGGGGGUCGAGUCCUGCUCGUCCUCAUGUUCAUGACGCUGCUGCAUUUCGACCUCAGCCUGUUCAGUAUCCUGCAGAACCUAGUGGGCACGGCGCUGAUGGUCCUGGUGGCGGUGGGCUUUAAGACGAAGCUGGCGGCUCUGACUCUGGUGGCCUGGCUGCUCUGCAUCAACUUCACCUUCAACGCCUUCUGGACCGUCCCCUCGUACAGACCCAUGCACGACUUCCUCAAGUACGACUUCUUCCAGACCACGUCGGUGAUCGGAGGCCUGCUGCUGGUGGUGGCCCUGGGGCCCGGGGGGGUCUCUAUGGAUGAGAAGAAGAAGGAGUAGGGAGGGGGAGAGGGAGGAGUGACGCUGGGAAGAAGAAGUGAUGCUAAAAAGAACAGGAGGAGGGAAAAUGGAAAACAUUCAAGUUUCGAGUUUGUGCUGGUUCUGAGAGCGUCACAGAGCGACAGGCUGCACCUGGAGCCUCUCACUGAGCCGGAUCAGGUAGAACGGAACCGCUCGGGGCCACCAGACGCUCCUGAGUGAGUCACACACGGAGACACACACCGGAGACACACCAGAGACACACGAGACACACUGGAGACCAGGUUCAACAGCUCUGGACUGAACCUCCUCAGGUUUGUUUGGUGGAACCAAACUCCACUUUCUUCAAAUCACAUCAACACGACUGCUGGUUUCCACUGUGACUCGUGACUGCGCCGCUGUGACUCAUGACUGCGCCGCUGUGACUCGUGACUGCGCCGCUGUGACUCGUGACUGCGCCGCUGUGACUCGUGACUGCGUCGCUGUUACGCUGACGGAGUCUGAUGAACUGUCGGAGCUGAGACGGCAGACGUUCUGUCCGGUGUUCUCUGCAGUGAGACGACGUCCUCGGGUUGAUCGCAGCUUUUCCUGCCUUUGGUUUUAUUGUUUUCAACACAACAGAAAAACAAGAUCUUGAAUGAUUUUACUGUUUUCCAUUUUCCAGAUUGAUUAGAUGAAGGGAUGAAGGGAUGAUGCACACAGACCUGCUCUGAACCACACACCUCUUUCUCUCUAUUUAUUUCCCUUUUCCUUCUUCUCCCGAGCCUCUGUUUGUUCUCAGAGCGACCAAUCACAGAAUGUGCUGCUGUCAUGUGGUGUGUGUGUUGUAUGGACGCUGCUGUCCGUGUGUUUUAUGGCCUUCUGGGAUUUUUACAGACAGAAAACAUGUCAGUGUCUUUGAAUCAGCUUCUUCCAUCACUGCUUCUUUUUAGAUUGUAAUGAGUGAAACUGUCCAGCAGGUGGCGUCGUUUACCUGCUGAAGCUGCUUCAUUGUUCCUCUGUUCCACGCACAAACAAACAAACAAACACAUUUCUAAGGUUUGAAACAUCAGACCUGAGUUCCAUCUGAUUUUCUCUGCGUGAGUCUGAUUUCCUGGGACGUGUUUUUGUAGACAUGUAAUAAAUCAGUUCAGCACCGUGAAGCCUG